AUGCCUCUCGAGUUGCUUCCAAUGACCGAGGCCGACGUGCCGGAUUACACAGACAUCAUGUGGGAGUCUUUCGGCCCUGGUGUCAUGGGUCUGAUGUAUCCCGAUGGCUACUCGAAAGAAGCAAGAGAGCAUUCGACCCAGGGUUCCUUGAAAGCAUGGCGGAAGCGUCCCGACAGGAUCAAGAAGAUGAAGGUGGUCGAUACGGACCUACCAGAUUCUGCAGCACAUCACAAUAUCGUCGGCGUGGCGGAAUGGCUGUUCUAUCCGAAGGAGCGGACUCAGGAGCAGAUGGAUCAAGAGUCUGCAGAAGCCCGGGAAGGCGGUAUGCCACCAGGCGCCAAUGCUGGAAUGAUGAAGGAUUUCUUCGGGGCAAUUGGCCAUGUCAAGAAAGUGCACCACGGGACGAAGGCGCAUGUGCGCUUGCACAUCCUCGCCACGCUACCAGACCAUCAUCGGCGGGGUGUUGGUGCCAUGCACAUGAAGUGGGGAUUCGAGGAGGCGGACAAGCUGGGCCUUGAGGUGUGGCUGGAGGGCUCACCCAUGGGGACGCCAUUAUAUACGCGAUCUGGCUUUGAGACUGUGGCGAUGAUGGAUUUCGACGCAAGGAAAUGGGGUAGUAAGGUGGAUAUUCCUCACGCCAUCAUGGUGAGACCUGCCAGGAAGCUAUAG